AUGACUUUCCACUCACUGGUACUGCAGCGGCGGCCAAUCAAACCUUCAUCGCUAACAAUAUUCCUUGUCUUCUUUUCCUCGCUGCUUUUCACAUCUCCCUCCUUCCAACAAAAUGUCCCCUUGGGGUGUUACGAAUAUCCAGAUCCUACAAAUCGAUAUCAUAAAAUACCGGUCAAUUGUCCAAUAAUAGAAUCACCCACAAUGGGUGAUGAUUUCUUUCAACUGCAGGAAAAUUCGGAUAAUAAUAUGUUUGUGAUUCAUUUCGUGUGCGGUGCAAAAAAUCCAACAUUGUGUGAGAAGGUGAAAGAUACUUUUGAGAUUGCAGGCAGUAUAAUAUCAUCUACGUUGACGCUUAAUACACCGAUAAAUGUGAACGCCAGUUUUAUCGACUUCUGUAAAACUCUUGGAAAAUGUGGUAACUCCGAUUUAGUGACAUUAGGGGGAGCGACGCCCACACGUAUGAUACCUCUUCAGGAUGACGAUGGACUCGUGAGAUUAUAUCCACAAUCACUGGUCAAACAGUUUCGAUUCCCCAAACAUCCUCAGUUUAGCACUUUCGAUAUUACCGCAACGUUCAAUUCGGCGGGCGGAGACUACUGGUUUCAGGGCGAUCCCAUAAUAGGUCCUGAUCAACAAGAUUUCCUCUACGUCGUUCUACACGAACUUGUACAUGGACUAGGUUUCGCCUCGAGUUGGCAAGAUUAUAUAAAUGACACCCCUGAAGCCUUGACUCCUGACAUCUCCGUAAUCUCAAGUGCCAAUUCAUCCACGUUGAUAUUCAACGGAUUUUUUGAAUCGGCAUUUGAUAAGUACAUGAUCGACAUACCGACCGGCAGAAGGGUCUCCGCAAUAACCGAUCAACUUAAUGAAUUCGCUGGUAGUGGCACAAAGUUUUCAAACAUCCAAGAAUUUUAUAUGCGGUUCAAAUCCUCAAAACAAUAUCAAUUAGCGCUGGGGAUGAUGAACAGUUCGGUGACACCACUCUCACUCGGAUUUUUGCCAACAGGGGGAACGAAAUCGAGUGAUUGCAUCAUUCUCGAAACUAGUCUUAACCCUUACCAACGGGGGUGUAGCGUGAGCCACGUGAGUUUACAGACCUACAAUUCAACAUGUGAUUUCUUGAUGAAAUAUUUGGCCGAUCGUGGAAAAGAUUUGAACACGUUGGUAGCUUCUCGUGGGAAUUAUAAGAGCCCCAUCGGACCGGAAUUGCUAUUGUUUUUCAAUACUCUAGGAUACGCGAGUCCGGGCUAUCCAAAUCCAUACAGGCCAAAUGUCAUCAUAACCACAAACAAAUUCAAUCCAAAUGUCAGUAAGAAUGUUGACCCUGGCCUUCAAAAAGCAAGCACCGUCAGCUAUGCCACCGUAACCGUUACCAUCACGGCCAACUCUGCACCAACCAAAAUACCGGAAUACACUACCAUGCUACUAUUCAUUUUCUUUUCUUCACUACUUUUUAGUGGUGUCAUUACUUGA